UUGCGGAUAAUAGGAGAUGAGGCAAUUGGCUGUUUUUCAGCAAGCGACUUUGUAGGUUGGUACAAUGGACAUCCCAAAUAUGCAAAUGUAGAUCCUGAUCUGCAGUCGACUGAUACAGCUGUUGUUCUUGGUCACGGAAACGUCGCACUUGAUAUUGCUCGCAUGCUGUUAUCAUCAACCGAGCACUUGGCUCACACUGACAUUUCGGCCAGGGCUUACGCAGCACUUCUAAAAAGCCGUAUUCGACGCGUGAUCCUUGCAGGGAGACGAGGCCCCCUGCAAAUUUCGAUCACGACGGCGGAGCUCCGUGAGAUGUCUCGUCUGCCUGGUGUAUUUGUGGAAAUUGCCCGCUCUGACUUAGAAAGCACAAUACCAUUUCUUGGCCAGCUGCAGAGACCGAGAAGGCGCCUCACUGAACUGAUGCUACAACUAUCGCAACUUCCGGUACCUCCUCCUCAGACGGUGAAUCUUUGCUCGCUUCGGUUCCUGUUGUCUGCUACAGAAAUCCUGUCCAUUUCGAAACAUGUGACAGGCGUUAAAUUCAUUCAGAACCGGUUGCGAAUGUCAUCAGCAGAUGAUUUCAGUUCUGCCAUUGCGGAACCAACGCCAGAAACCCAGACAAUCGCCUGCGGAAUCGUCGUUUGUAGCUUCGGCCGUCAGUCGCUCGAUAUCAGCAAUGGGCUGUUGCCCUUUAAUCUGCAAAAGAGCAUAGUGAGCACGGCCGAAGAUGGAACGGUGAUAGGCUGCCCUACGGUUUAUGCGUGCGGCUGGUGCAGCCUUGGCUCAACUGGAGUGCUACUGAAGACACAGCAGAAUGCGAGGGCAGUCGCUGAGUCACUCAUCGAUCAUUAUUCUGCCAAACCCGUGGUGUGCAUCGACAAAGAAAAGCAUCCUGACGCAAUUGAAGUCGAACUUCGCAGAAAAUCCUACUUCACUGAUUGGCAAGACUGGAAGUGCAUUGAUGCGCAAUACGCCCCAUUAUAGCA